AUGGAUAGUGACUACGCCUAUAGCAGCGCGGAGGACUCCUAUGGAGCCAUGGGGUCAGAGGACGAAGACUUUGACUUCGACUCUCAGGCUGAGAUGGAGACGCAUGCAAAGAAGGUACCGUACGUCGUUUUUAAUGAGGAGCAGUUGAGAGCACGGCAGCAAGACGCCGUCAAUGCAGUGGCAGGGGUGCUGUCCAUAAGCGAUGGCGAGGUUGUGCGAGUUUUGAGACAAUUCAAGUGGGACGCCAACAGGGUGAACGAAGAGUGGUUCGCGGAUGAGGAAUCGGUCAGAAGGAAAGCGACAUGCCGGAUCUGUUUUGACGAGUUCGAUCUGAAGCACAUGCGCGCGGCCCGCUGCAAGCAUUUCUUCUGUAAACCCUGCUGGCGGGGCUACAUCAGCACGGCCAUCGGCAGCGGCCCCUCUGUGCUGAGCCUGCGAUGCCCGCUGCCAGACUGCCCAGCCGCGGUACCGGCGGCGGUGGUGAAGGAGGUGGUGAGCGAGUCGGACGCGCGGCGCUACGACACGUACGCCAUGCGCAGCUUUGUUGAAGAUAACGCGCAGCUCACCUGGUGCCCGUCGCCCGGGUGCGAGCAUGCGGUGGAGUCGCGGGUGGAGGUGGGCACGGAGCCCAUGGACAUUGCCUGCUCAUGCGGCGCUACCUUCUGCUUCCAGUGCAAGGAGGAGGCCCACCGCCCGGUGGACUGCGAGACGGUGGGCAAGUGGAUCCUGAAGAACAGCGCGGAGAGCGAGAACCUAAAUUGGAUUCUUGCGCACACCAAGCAAUGCCCCAAGUGCAAGCGGCCCAUCGAGAAAAACCAGGGCUGCAUGCAUAUGACCUGCAGCCAGUGCCGCUUCGAGUUCUGCUGGCUCUGCCAGGGCUCCUGGGCCGAGCACGGCGAGCGCACCGGCGGAUUCUACGCCUGCAACAGAUACGAGGUGGCGAAGAAGAAGGGUGACUACGACGAGGAGGCGCUGAAGCGGGAGCACGCGAAGAACGCGCUUGAGCGCUACAUGCACUACUACCAGCGCUGGGCCGAGAACGACCGCGCGCGCAUUUCGGCCCUCAAAGCGAUGGCCAACGUGAUCGAGCAGAAGCUGGAGGGCCUCUCCGAGCUGACCGCCACUCCCACCAGCCAGCUCAAGUUCCUGCCCGACGCCUGGGCGCAGGUGGUGGACUGCCGGCGCAUCCUGAAGUGGACCUACGCUUUCGGCUACUACCGCUUCGGCGAGCAGGCGCUCGGCUCCAACGGCGCCGCCAUCUCCGCCGACACGCUCAAGCAGCAGCAGGAGUUCUUUGAGUUCAAUCAGGGCCAGGCGGAGUACUUCCUGGAGAAGCUGCACGGGAUGGCGGAGAAGCAGGUGAUCCAGUUCCUGGAAGGCAGCGCAGCCGCGGAGAGCUGGGGCAAGUUCCGCGAGACGCUCAUCGGACUCACCGACGUCACGCGCAACCACUUCAACAAACUCGUGCAGGUGGGGGGCGCUUCCUGCUGCCCCAUAUAA